GUCAGCACGAGACUUAUUGUGCAAGCUUAAAUAAUACAAAGGAACUCUAAACAGGAAUAGCUGCCGACAAAAUGAAAGUUGCCUUUGUAAUUGCCUGUGCCGCCCUUUUCGUGGCUAGCAUCAGUGCCGCUAGUGUGCAGCCAGCCGUGAAAUCGAUCAAUAAUCAGCUCUAUCGGCGUUACGUUUGUGCCCACAAGUCGGAUGGAUUCCGCGCUCUGGUUCCUGGCAGUUGCUCGCAAUACUACGAGUGUCAGUCAGGAGUGGCUCUCGUCAGCACGUGCUCUCGCUUUUUCGACGCUAAGGUCCAGGGAUGUGUCAACUACAACACUGGUUGCAUUGAGGUUCAGCCUUCAACAUUGGGCAGUGCGCCUGUUGGAGGCUCUUCCGCCGUGGUACCAUGUGCUGAAACGACCACAGCGUGCGCCCCAACUACUACCACCCUUUGUGCAAUAGAACCAACACCAGCCACAACAACCUGUGAGCCAACGACUACAACAACUUGUGAGCCAACAACUACAACAACCUGUGAGCCAACAACUACAACAACCUGCAAGCCAACAACUACAACAACUUGUGAGCCAACAACUACAACAACCAGCGGGCCAACAACUACAACAACCUGCGAGCCAACGACUACAACAACUUGUGAGCCAACAACUACAACAACCUGUGAGCCAACGACUACAACAACUUGUGAGCCAACAACUACAACAACCUGUGAGCCAACAACUACAACAACCUGCAAGCCAACAACUACAACAACUUGUGAGCCAACAACUACAACAACCUGCGAGCCAACGACUACAACAACCUGCGAGCCAACGACUACAACAACUUGUGAGCCAACGACUACAACAACUUGUGAGCCAACAACUACAACAACCAGCGGGCCAACAACUACAACAACCUGCGAGCCAACGACUACAACAACCUGCGAGCCAACAACUACAACAACUUGUGAGCCAACAACUACAACAACCUGCAAGCCAACAACUACAACAACUUGUGAGCCAACAACUACAACAACCAGCGGGCCAACAACUACAACAACCUGCGAGCCAACGACUACAACAACUGUGACAACGACUACAACAACCUGCAAGCCAACAACUACAACAACUUGUGAGCCAACAACUACAACAACCAGCGGGCCAACAACUACAACAACCUGCGAGCCAAAAACAACUGAAACAACCUGCGAGCCUACAACUACAACAACCAGUGGGCCAACAACUACGACAACCUGCGAGCCAACGACUACAACAACCUGCAAGCCAACAACUACAACAACUUGCGAGCCAACAACUACAACAACCAGCGGGCCAACAACUACAACAACCUGUGAGACAACAACUACAACAACCUGCAAGCCAACAACUACAACAACUUGUGAGCCAAAAACUACAACAACCUGCAAACCAACGACUACAACAACCUGCGAGCCAACAACUACAACAACCUGCGAGCCUACAACUACAACAACCUGCGAGCCAACAACUACAACAACCUGCAAGCCAACAACUACAACAACCUGCGGGCCUACAACUACAACAAUGCGGGCCAACACUACAACAACCUGUGAGCCAACAACUACAACAACUUGUGGGCCAACAACAACAACAACUUGUGUGCCAACAACAACAACAACUUGCGGGCCGACGACCACAACAACCUGUGAGACCUCGGUGGCAUCAAAGGCCAAGCCAGCCUCUGUAAAAGUGCGACCAGCAAAGCCCCUGCGUCCUGCCGUGCGACCCGUAUUGGAAACUGAGAAGCUGUCGGUCACCAAAAGCCAUGACCUAAGCAUUUCCACUUACACGAAGUACGUGUGCCGCAAUAAGCCCGACGGAUUCAUGCUAGCUUCACUGAAGAGCUGCUCCGACUACUACAUCUGCCGAUAUGGAAAACCCCUGCUGGUUAGCUGUGGCGACAAGUACUUUAAUGGUCUCAAGGGCAUUUGCGAUCUUCCCGAGAACACGCGUUGUGUGCAGCCCCAAGCCUAAAAAUGACAAGAAUAAGGUAACUUGUGAAGUGGCCUCUUGGAGCACCACCUGACCCCACCUUGAUUUGUGCUCGAUUGAUCCUACAUCUUUUUCAGGUUAAAUAAUAUACCAAAUGCAAAAGCU